AUGGAUGCCAUAUCAGAUAGGGUAUUUUCAGAAUCCUCGCUUGAGACAACAACGACUGUAGAUGAACCGUCACUACUUACCGUCAUACUAGACAUAUCGCCACGUGGAUGGUACCAAAUUCGAAACUCGAUAUCGUUACAAGAUGUAGCCAAAUCGCUACUUGUUUUCCUAAACGGUCACCUAGCAAUAAACAAUUCAAAUCAAGUGGCAUUCAUUGCAAGUCUGCCAUAUACUUCCAAAUUCUUGUAUCCUCAUCCUAGUAACUCCAAAACUUCCACGACACAAUCCAAGACUGCGCCGGGCAUGUAUCGACAAUUCAAAAAUGUCGAUGAUGUGGUAUUGCAAGAAUUGAACCAAUUUAUUGUCGAGACUAGUGAUCAAGCUGCUGCAUCUGCUGCUACUUCAGCAUCCUCCAGGAGACAUUCGAGUAUUACUGGCGCUAUCAGUAUGGCAUUGACUUACACCUACCGAAUGUCAAUACUAGACCAAUCGAUAACGACAACCACGGCAUCAGCAAUCAGUACAUCAUCUGCAAUGAGCAGUACAAUGAAACGAACCGAUGCCACAUCGGGAAGUGCUGGUGGUGCUGGUCUUGGUGGAAAUGGUGCAUCUGCCGCAUCUGCCUCUGCCACUGCUAAUACUGCUGCUGGCCCCACUAUUUCCACCUCAAUAAAAUCGCGAAUCCUCAUAGUGAGUGCCAACGACGGCGAUGACACGAUCAACUAUAUCCCAUUAAUGAAUUGUAUAUUCACAGCUCAAAAACUAAAAGUCUCAAUCGACGUUGCCAAAUUAGGGUUCAAAAACUCCUCGUACCUACAACAAGCAAGUGAUGCCACCAAUGGCGUAUACUUACAUCUACAGAAUCCACAAGCAAUUAUCCAAGUGUUGUCCACUGCCUUUUUUAUUGAACCGAAUUUGCGACCCUAUGUCAUAUUACCAGCUAAUACUCAAGUCAAUUAUAAAGCCAGUUGCUUCAUUACUAAACAACCAGUCGAUGUUGGGUUUGUGUGUUCUGUUUGUUUGUGUAUAAUGAGCCAUGUGCCUGAAAGCGGCAAGUGUCCUGCGUGUCUGAGUGAUUUUGAUAAACGCAGUAUUUAUGAAUUGACUAGAGAACCGCAAGUUGUGACCAAAAAGAAACGCAAAUUGGAUGGCCAAAGUGAAGCAGCAGCAAAAGUUGAUGGCAGUUAG